AUGCUUCAAUAUUUGGACAUUUCCAACAACAAUCUUCAUGGUAGGGUUCCAAUGGAGAUCUUCAAAAUCCCAUCAAUAAUUGGAAUUAAUUUAUCAUUCAACAACCUCAGUGAACAACUUCCUACCGACAUUGGCAGUGCCAAACAACUCGUACAAUUGGGACUUUCAUCAAAUAAGCUAUUUGGAGAUAUUCCAAACACUCUAGGUGAUUGUGAAAGUUUAAAAAACAUUGAGUUAGACUCAAAUAUUUUCAGUGGAAGCAUUCCCACUUCAUUAGGCAACAUAAGCAACCUCAAAGUUCUGAAUAUUUCUGCCAAUAACAUAACUGGGUCAAUUCCAGCAUCUCUGGGCAACCUACAACUUCUUGAGAAACUAGAUUUGUCAUUCAACCAUCUUAAUGGUGAGGUUCCAACAAAAGGGAUCUUCAGGAAUGCAACUGCUGUGCGGAUUGAUGGAAAUCAGGGGCUUUGUGGUGGGAUACCGGAGUUACACAUGGUGGCCUGUUUUGUUAUUCCUUCAAAUUCAAAUAGGCACGAUGAAAAUUUGGUGCUCAAAGUAGUUAUCCCAAUAGCGAGUAUGGUGUCACUUGCUAUGGUCAUACUUGGCUUAUCUCUCUGGAAAAGAAAACACAAGUGCAAAUCUAUCUCUCUGCCAUCAUUUGCUGCAAAAUUUCCCAAAGUUUCUUUCAAUGAUCUAGCCAGAGCAACACAGGGAUUCUCAACAUCCAACUUAAUUGGCAGAGGGAGAUACAGUUCUGUAUACCAAGGAAAACUAGUGGAGGCCAAAAAUGAGGUGGCAGUAAAAGUCUUCAACCUAGAGACAAGAGGAGCGCAAAAGAGCUUCAUUGCAGAAUGUAAUGCACUGAGAAAUGUGCGGCACCGUAAUCUGGUCCCUAUCCUAACUGCGUGCUCGAGCAUUGAUUCUAAUGAUAAUGAUUUCAAGGCCCUAGUGUAUGAGCUCAUGCCACAAGGAGACUUACAUAAACUACUAUACUCAACUCAAGACCGUGAAAGCUCUUCAGAUUUGAAAUUUAUUACAUUGGCUCAAAGGAUAAGCAUUGUGGUGGAUGUAGCGGAUGCAAUGGCGUACCUCCACCACAACAAUCAAGGAACAAUUAUUCAUUGUGAUCUAAAGCCUAGCAACAUUCUUUUGGAUGACAAUAUGACAGCUCAUGUCGGAGACUUUGGCCUGGCAAGAUUCAAAGCUAGUUCCACAACGCCGUCUCUUGGUAACUCAAGCUCUUCUCUCGGUGCACUGAUGGGAACUAUCGGAUACGCUGCUCCAGAAUAUGCAGGGGGCGGUCAACUUUCAACUGCCGCAGAUGUUUACAGCUUCGGUGUCGUUCUCCUCGAGAUAUUCAUUCGGAGAAGGCCAACCGGCGACAUGUUUAAGGAUGGGCUGAGCAUUGUGAAGCUUACAGGGAUCAGCUUCCCUGGUAGGGUAUUGGAGAUUGUCGAUCCCGAGCUACUACAGGAGUUGGAGCCUUGCCAAGAAACUCCAGUGGCCAUGAAGGAAGAUGGUAUGCACACUUUGCUAUCUAUGCUAAACGCUGGCCUUUGCUGCACCAAGGAAACUCCGGGUGAACGAAUCAACAUGCAGGAGGUUGCUGCCAAGUUACGUCGAAUCAGGGAUGAUUAUCUCAGAAGCUGUUCUGUUGCUUCAGUAGUAUUAGCUACUUAA